CAAAGCCUUCCGCGAAACCAAGUCCCUGAAUGGGCCGGCGCCUAUAUCAACUACAAGGGCCUCAAGAAACUCGUCAAGGCCGCCGCCGAGAAAGCCCGGAAUGGCGAAACCGUAGAUCCAGCAGAGCUUUCCUUUGCCCUCGACCGUAACCUUGAAGAUGUCGAUUCCUUUUAUAACAAAAAGUACGCCGAGGCUUGCCGACGCGUCGACCUUUUGCAGAAUCGCUAUGGACGCGUGCCCGAUGUCGUCGCGACUCUGGACCAGGACGAGAUUGAGGAGGUCAUGGGCGCGCUCUUGGAACUGAGAAGCCAGUUGAGAAACCUGCAGUGGUUUGGUGAAAUAAACCGAAAGGGUUUCGUCAAGAUCACUAAAAAGGCCGACAAGAAGGUGCCCGGAGUCGCCUCUCAGCACAGAUACAUCUCAACAAAGGUUGAUCCAAAGCCGUUUGCGCGGGAUGGAAAUGUCGUCAGACUACUCAGCGAGAUCAACCGCUGGCUUUCGGUGCUGGGGGACGCGCAGAACGUAGAUGAUUCCACGUCAGAGCGGUCUACUCGUUCCCUCAGUAGAUCCUCGGCUAGAGUAUUUCUUCAUAUGCCACAGGCCCAGUUCGAUACGCUGGAGCAGGCUGUCCGCAGCAAUGACGUUGAGUCGCUGAAGUCUGGUUUGGCUGAUGCCCAUGUUGUCUCGUCGGAGACUUCGUCACAGCCAUUGUUACUCAAUCUUUUGCAACGGUCAAUUUCAGGAAGAUCCCGGGCCUGUAUUGCAUAUCUUUUGCAAAACAUCAAAGAUCUCGACGAGCCAGAAGACAUCAAUGGACGGAAUUGCAUCCACCGCCUGGUCAUUCACAUUGGCCGCACCAAAUCUGCGCCAACAAACGAGGACGCUAACACGUACCCCGUUCCUGUUGGCACACAUUUCAACAACAGGCAUCUGCAGCCUGCAGUCUCCUCUACCGUCCAAGUCAAGGAAAUCAACAAGCACGAAUCCGCUCUCCUCGGAAAGGACGAUGAAGCUGUGCAGAUCCUUGAAUAUCUGUUUGACAAUAUGUCUGAAAACCAGCGAGCUGCUCUGAAGAGCCCUGACGCAUUUGGCCGGCUACCGCUUCACUAUGCUGCCCAAUUUGGAUUCGUCGUUGUGUGCCAAAUUAUCAUGGCCAGGAUGCAGCAAUGGAAUCAGUUUGACGUCAAGGACGGAAUCGAUGCCCCUGAGUGGCAAGACAGUGAUGGUUACGCGCCACUCCAUCUCAGCGUCAUCGGCGGCCAUCCUCUAACCACCCAGGCUCUGCUCCAGGGCGAGAUUUGGCAGGGCAGCAGUGAGGCCAAGACGGAGAUUCGAAAGACGGUUGCCAAGUCUGGCGCCGUCCUUGCGCUUGCUACCAAAUCCAACUAUACUGUCAUUGUCAAGAUGCUUGUCGAUGCAGGUGUUAAUGUCAAUUGGACCGACAAGACGGGCGAGACGGCUCUCCACGUUGCCGCCAGGUUUGGGCAUGACGAGUGUGCUCGCGUCAUCCUAGAGAGCAAGUUGCAAAAGGUCGAUGUGGAAAUCACAGAGAAGUCUUAUGCCUGGACUCCUUUGCACGUCGCUGCUGUUGACGGCUCUCUCUCUGUUGUCCAAUUACUCAUCGAUGCUGGGGCAGAUGUCUCCAAGCCAGAUGCAUCUGGCUGGACAGCUACUGAGCAUGCCUCGUUGCGUGGUCAUAUGCAGAUCGCGAGGCUUCUCGCGGCUCACACUGACGAGUCUGAGGCUGCUACCAGAGCCGUGACUGCAUCUCCACCACUGAACCCUACAGAGGUCUCAUCCUCCAUUGACGGCCGUCGUUCGAAUGGAUCUCCGCCAGCACCGCGACCAGCUGAGCUUGUCAAGACGUUCGGUCAUCGUUACCUGACUAAUGAAAGCCUGGUCUUGGUUAGCCUUGGAUCUAUGGAUAUUCGAAAGAAGCUCGAUGCGGUAACUCUUGACAGCGUUCCUCUCGCAGAGGCACACAACACACAGCUCGAUACAGCUCUGUCUGUCGUGGUAACCGCCGACGGGGCUCAUGGAGAGUCAACUAUUAUUGAUCUCCCGGUUCACGAGCAUAUUGCUACCGAGCCGAUUGUCUUCACAACUCGAGACGCAUCCAAAGUCAAGCUUCUCUUCGACAUUGUUCCAACUUAUUCUGGAAACAACAAGCACAAGAUCGGCCGUGCCGUGGCCCUUAUGUCUUCUGUCAAGCCAUCCCUUGGCACUGGCCGUAUGAACUUGCAAGGCGACUUGUGCGUGCCUAUUAUGAAUAGCAGCUUGGAGGUUAUUGGAACAGUCAACUUCAACUUUUUGGUCAUUACACCCUUCUAUCACCCUAACAUGGAGAUUACUUCUAGACAGACGUACUGGAAAAAGCUCUCAUCUACCAUGCUCAUUGGCCAUCGAGGUCUCGGAAAAAACAUUACCUCAAACAAAUCUCUUCAGCUCGGCGAGAAUACAUUGCCGUCUUUCAUUGCUGCGGCCAAUCUUGGAGCUCAAUAUGUCGAGUUUGAUGUGCAGCUCACCAAAGAUCAUGUGCCGGUCAUCUACCACGACUUUCUUGUCAGCGAAACUGGCAUCGAUGCACCUGUUCACACGCUCACUCUGGAGCAGUUCUUGCACAUCAACCCAGAUGGUAGGAGGAGCAACAGCAACCGCAAGAAUAGCCCAGCCCAGAGCGGAAAAUCGACUGUUGGCCGUACGCGCAGCAGCAGCUUUACCCCACAGCGGUCACAGUCUAUGGGCUACGCCGGUUCUGGUUUGCAACAGGAGAUGGAAGAGCGCAUGAAACACACUAGGGACUUCAAAGAGAAGGGAUACAAGGCCAACUCGCGAGGCAACUUUAUUCAGGCGCCUUUUGCGACACUGGAAGACUUGUUCCGAAAGCUACCGGAGCAUAUUGGUUUCAACAUUGAAAUGAAGUAUCCCAUGCUCCACGAAAGCGAGGAACACGAGAUGGAUACGUAUGCGGUGGAACUAAACUCCUUCUGCGACACCGUGCUGUCUAAAGUCUACGACCUGGCGGGGGAGCGCCACAUCAUCUUCAGCUCCUUCAACCCGGAUAUUUGUUUGUGUCUCAGCUUCAAGCAACCCUCCAUUCCGAUUCUGUUCCUGACAGAUGCCGGCGUCUCCCCUGUCGGAGAUGUCCGAGCCUCAUCGCUGCAGGAGGCCAUCCGCUUCGCUAGCCGCUGGAACCUUCUCGGCAUUGUUUCCGCAGCGGAGCCCCUGAUCAACAGCCCCCGCCUCGUGAGGGUUGUGAAGGAGAAUGGGUUGGUGUGUGUCAGUUACGGCACGCUUAAUAACGACCCGAUGAUGGUUCAGCGUCAGGUCAAAGAAGGCAUCGAUGCCGUCAUUGUAGACAGCGUUUUAGCUAUCCGAAAGGGACUCACCAGCGCUGAAACUGCUGUGGAGCAGCAGAAAACGGACACUUCGACGGAAGAAGAGGUCGUGGCUAUUGCACAGCCCAUCACGGAACAACUACAGAACUUCAGCCUUACGGCGAGCACACCAGUCUCUGGUUAG